GAACGCAAUCGACCGAAAGCUUUCGGUUUACCGUUAGGCCCUGUAGCGUGCAGCGCCCUUCGCAAAACAGACAAGCCUGGUGCUCGAGCACUGUCGGACAGGAUGGCAGUGAUCGUGAUUAUAUGCGCCGCCCUGCGCGCGGGGCCCUGGCCUACCCGGAGCCCCUGUCCGCGGAUGUCGGUGGCACUCCACAUCUUCGUGACAGUUCACCGCAUAGCGCUGUAGGGAACAGCUGAAGAGUCCAAGGCUUGCAAUCCAUGAGAACCGAGUGGAUUACUUUGCAAGGAGCGCAGGUUGGCUUGUGGCGUGUCCCUGCCGGGGCUGCCAGGGCGUGCAGACAUCCGAGCACGCCCGAUCGCUUGACAAUGCUAAAGACAAACUUUAAGAUUCAACAUUAGUCCCCGCGUGCAGCGCAAACCGGCACAUGCAGCAAAAAGUUAUGUCAGAUGUCGGAGCGUGUGUCGGGUUCCCUGGGUUCCCUUCCAAUUUCGGUGUUUUAAACCAAACUGUAGUUGUUGAAAGCUUUAGUCAUGGGGCGUGCGCACUAUCCCACACGAGGAGCUUUGCUCCUAGCCUUGCUUGCCGCUUUCGCUGCAAUUGGUCUGUCAACGCGGUUGAACACAAAGAAUGCUGUCAGCUCUCGUGAAGCUGCUAUCAAGGUGGCUAGGCCAACCGGCAAGCUGCUGCACGAGACGGAAAAGAGCAUGGCCGCACUGCAGCGCGCUCGCAUUGCUGACGGCGAGUGGGACGACGACAGUGACGACGAGGAACUGGGCAUGUCCGACGUCGAUUUCCUGAUGCUGGGCAUCAGCAAGAAGGGCACUGACCCCGAGGACGACCCCGAUUAUGUGGAUGACAAAUUCUGCCAUAAGAACCGCUACCGCAAGCGCACAUUCAAGGUGGUUAAGGAAAUGCCAUUUGCAGGGCUCUUCCCCACCCUGCAGCGCACCCGCCGCUUUGAGGGUAGCGGUAUCGCCUAUGCCAACGGCUCCUAUUACGUCGUGUUCGAUUCACUCAAGACGCUGGGCCGCGUGGAUCUGCGCUUUUCGUUCCGCGGCCCAGAGAACCGCCUGGUGGGGCCGGUCGGCGACGAGAGCCAGUUCGAGGGCAUUUCUUACAACGCCCCCAGUGACAGCUUCUUCGUGCUGCGGGAGUCGUUUGAGCACGAGGAGCACGGGCUGGUGCCGGUGGUGUAUGAGCUCAAGCUCACCGAGGAAGGCGCCAACUACCGGCUGAUGGAGACGUGCAUGGUUCGCUUCCAGCUCCAGGACGUGAACAAGGGAUUUGAGAGCCUGCACGUCUUCGAGCGGGACGGCAAGCGCCACAUGCUGGGUUUGUGUGAGAGCAACUUCUGCAAGACCAUCAUCGGUCCCGACCCGCCGGGCCUGCAGCGCGGCAACGGCCGUCUGGUGUGGGCCACCUACCGCGCGCCCGAGGACCAGUAUGACGAGUGCAUCUGGAACGUGGAGAAGGUCAUUGUGCUGCCCGAGGAUGCUUUCCUCCUGGACUACGCAGCCAUUGCAUUCCACGGCGACUUCGGCGAGGACGUGGCCAUUGUCAGCCAAGAGGACGCGGCGGUGUGGGUGGGCAAGUUCGACUGGACGGAGAUGGAGUUUGUGAAGAACCCCAUCGCCGGCGAGCCCGCGGGUCAGAUUUACCACUUCCCGCGCACCGACGACUGCCACAAGCAAUACUGCAACGUGGAGGGCGCUGCCUGGAUCGACGCCGAGCGGCUGGUGCUCACAAGCGACAAGUCCAAGCGCAUCCAAGACCACAGGUGCAUGACCAAGGACCAGUCGGUGCACAUCAUGUCGCUGCCGUGAUCCCUGUCGUGAUGAGGAUGAUACGGAUGACGAGCUUCGAAUGACAUUUGAUGAUUGCUGAUGAUCGUACCGUCGGACCAGUCAAGGCACGGCGGCACGUGUGUCGGUGUGUGAGAGACGCAAUACGAUAGCGCACGGCUGUACGCGACGCCGCUGGCUAGGCGUAUUGCAGCUGUAGCGCCACAGGAUUUGACUGUUGUUUUGUGAUGACACUUUUAAACGAGCUAGACGCGCUGCUGAUCCUAUAUCUAUUGUUCUUGCGGAGUCUCCAAUGAAAUGGGCACGAGAACAGGCGUCAUGCUUGUGUAACAUAC